UGGUGAAUGUGGUGAAAAGUGUCAGUGGGCUGUCAAAAGUUUUUCUGUUCGUCCGGGAAGGAGUGCGGAAAUACCCAAUUUUUUGAAGAAUUGGGCGUCCCACCUGUGUGUUUUAGUAUCCCUCGCCACCCCGUGAUACCUGUGACUGGUGUGAUAGUGUCCAGUCGCCUGGUGGUUCAGUGCUACAGGGAUUAAUUGGGGACUUGAGAACGGAGUCUCGUGCGAUGGACAACAUGCCAACAGAUUCGGUGGCUUAUCUCGUGUGCUGUGCGAAAAAAAUCUCUGUGCAGACGCAUCAGUAGGCUGGACAGGACUCACAUCCCUCCAAAUUCAAUCCAGUGCUGUGCAUUGGAAGUAUCUUUGGUGCUCAAAAUUGAGACGUAUGGUGAGCAGGAGAUCGUGCUGAAAAACGCCGCCAUCAUGAACAAUUUUGGGCCGUCAAUCGACUUUUUCGGGGGUGCAAAUCGAUUUCUCUAACACAUUUCUCUGACUACCGUCUUGUGUUCCGCUGGGCGUGUGUGAUAUUUAUCCGGAAAAUUGUGUUUUUUUGAGUUCUGUCCCCUUCGUUUCUUUCAUCCAUCCACCCAAACGUAGCAAUCUGUGGCUUUUUUUGUUGGCUCCCGGAGAUACAGUAUAGUUGCACGCGACGUCACACGCGAUCGGUAGUCAGUUGCGUGGGGUGUGAUAGGUUUUUAUAGAUUUUGUGCGUGUGCGAAAAAGAGAGAGAAAUAGUGAAAAUGGUGAAGGAAAAGCCGAAUUCUGUGCGAAUCUACGAUAAGGAUGGCUUCAGACUCCGUGCAGCUUGCAUUUGUGUCCGUUCAGAAGCGGAAACUGAGGUGCUCUUGGUGACUUCCUCGAGGCGCCCAGAUAUGUGGAUAGUGCCCGGAGGAGGAGUUGAGCCGGAUGAAGAGAGUUCCGUAACGGCUGAACGUGAAGUGUUGGAAGAAGCUGGGGUUGUUGGCCAAUUGGGUCGCUGCCUCGGUGUCUUUGAGAAUCGAGAACAUAUGCAUCGAACGGAGGUGUUUGUUCUUACAGUGACAAAAGAAUUGGAUGAGUGGGAAGAUUCCCGGUCGAUUGGUAGAAAAAGACAAUGGUUUUCUGUGGAUGAGGCACUAACACAGUUAGCCCUCCAUAAACCAAUUCAGAGACAUUAUCUGCAGAAGUUGAAACACUCAAAAACACCUCCGGACAAUGCUGAAGCUGACACUACGACUACAGCCUCUUCAACCGAUGAGACAUGAAGACAUUCACCUCUUGUGACACAAUCCUCCACCUCAGAAUCCACUUCUCAGACACAACUCAAACAAAAAAUAAAUAAAUAAAUAAAAAUUAAAAUUAAAAUAGUUUAAAAAGAUUAAAUAAAAAAUAGUGAGGGAUGAAAACGAGAGAUGAAAAGUUAGUAAUUUAAACAAUAGGACUAAUUCUAUAUUUUUGUCUGGUCUUUUGUAAAAGAAUCACUCCCUGGAUUUUUUUCUCUGCUCAGAUUGAAAAUAAAUGUAGUAAAAAAAUAUAGAUUCGAAAAUGACCAUCUAAUUUUAUUUUUUUCGAUCAGUCUUCUUGUCCUUCGUUCUGAGCCUGGAGUUUCCGAAUCAUUUCGCGUUUUCCUUUGUCAAAACAGUAAAAUUGUAUACAGAGAACUGUAUUUGUAAGAAAAAAAUGAAGAAAUUUGAUAAAACUUUGUAAAAACCGAUUGAGAUAAAAAAAAAAUGUAUUUGAUGUGGAAGGUGAUUCGACUAAGAAUUUUUAUUGCAACAAGAGAAGAAGAAGAAGAAGAAGAAAAAAUUGUAGGAAAAUUAUCAAUUCAGCUAGUGGUUUUUAUAUUUGUUUUUCAUUUUUAAUUUGUUUCUAGAGGAGGAAAAAAAUGUAUCAAAGAUACUCUAUAUUGCUAUAUAUAAAUAUUAAUGCAAGUAAAGGAAAAUUACUUUUAAAAAAAUGCUCUUAAGUGUAUAAAACAAAAAAAAAGAAAUGAUUUUAAAAUAUUUGUUAUUUCACACAAAAAAAAACUGCUCCCUAAAUUUAUUUUUAAUUUCCCGGAUAUAGGUUUAUUUAGUAGAAUAUUCUCUUUCUCGAAUUCAUUAGAAGUUUUUCUGACCUUUCGAUGUGCUUUCGGAGAAAGGGAAUGGGAGAAAAAAAAGCAAAGUCUAGGAAUGAUUAUGCAAGGAAAGAUAAAUUAUCAAUGGGUAAAACAAACUACACUUUUUAUAUUUUAAGAGAAUAAAAAUGGUGAAAAUAUACUUUAAAAAAAAAAUAUUGAUAUUUUGAAUAAAAUGAUCAUUUAUUGAGGA